AUGCACAACGAGUUUCCUACCCUUAACACCAAUAUACCCCUUCAGGGGACUUCGGGGUUCACCUCCCCAACCAUGCUUGCUAAUGACUUUUCAACCCUCUCUCCUGAUAUGGUGGGGAGCAUGAUUGCCUUCUCUAACAUGAACAUGGACUCGAUGGGCGGUGACCCUUCUAUGAACAUGUUUUCAUCGGCAACUACAAUGUCUACCCCGUUUCCAUCAAAUUCCAUGGAUGGGUUGCCAGCCGACUUUAGUAUGGACCUGUCGAACGAAAGCAAUGCUCUUGGUGCCGUGGCAAAUAAUCCUAGCACCGGUAUGCCUGUGGAUGCUGGCGACGAUAGCAUUAUGGCCAAUUCACCACAGUUCUCUUCGCCAGGCCAAACUAACCACCAGACAAAUAUUAGCCUGGACACUACUAUGAAUGGGUUUCAACCCAGUAUUUCACCACAACCUAUUCCACAGGUUCAGCCUCAAACCCUCGUGUCCUCUACGCCCUCGUAUGAGUCGCCCAUAGCGACUACAACAGGCACAACGCCAGAGAGUGCCGCCCCUUCCCAAGCCCCCAUCCCAGCCGUCAUCAAUCCUCAACCUCCGAAGGAGAAGACUAUAUAUUCUAAAAGUGGAUUUGAUAUGUUAAGGGCCCUUUGGCUUGUGGCUACGCGAAAAAACCCACAGGUGAAUCUCGGCGCCGUCGACAUGUCCUGUGCUUUCGUCGUCUGCGACAUUACGAUGAAUGAUUGUCCAAUCAUAUACGUCUCAGACAAUUUUCAGAACCUGACUGGUUACAGUCAGCACGACAUCGUUGGUCAGAAUUGCCGUUUUCUCCAAGCCCCGGACGGCAAAGUUGAAGCAGGUACAAAACGGGAGUUCGUUGACAAUGGAGCCGUCUACAACCUGAAGCAAAAGAUUGCUGAAGGCAAGGAAGUGCAGCAAAGUUUAAUCAAUUACCGGAAAGGAGGUAAGCCUUUCUUGAACUUAUUAACCAUGAUCCCUAUCCCAUGGGACACCAACGAGAUCAGAUAUAUUAUUGGGUUCCAAAUCGAUCUGGUAGAAUGCCCCGAUGCUAUCGCUUCGCAUCAAGGCCCUGGAACUAUGAAAGUCAACUACAAGCACAGCGAUAUCGGACAGUAUAUUUGGACACCGCCGUCUUCAAGCCAGUGGGAACCGGAGAACGGACAAACAUUAGGGGUUGACGAUGUAUCUACGCUACUACAGCAAUUUAAUCCGAAGGGAUCUGCCUCUGACUGGCACCGACAAUCCUGGGACAAGAUGCUUCUGGAGAAUACCGAUGAUGUCGUUCACGUGCUCUCUUUGAAGGGGCUGUUUCUCUAUCUUUCACACCGUCCUGUAAGCGCCUACUCGAAUAUGAUGCCACCGAGCUCGUUGGAAAUUCUAUCUCGUCUAUAUCACAUCCUUCCGAUAUUGUUCCAGUUACCCGAGAGCUCAAGGAUGCUACCAAUGGAAACUCGGUGA